AUGGACUUGACGAGCGGUGAUGCCGGCGACGAUGCUAAUUUAAAGCGGCAGCGAGUCAGUCGAGCGUGUGAUCUGUGUCGACGAAAGAAAAUCAAGUGCGAUGGUCUUGUACCUGUGUGCAGUAAUUGUCAAGCAUUCAACCUUGAAUGUACCUACAGGGACACGACCAAAAAGCGUGGACCACCCAAAGGAUACAUUGAAGCCAUUGAGAAUCGAUUACAUAAAUUGGAGCAGGUGCUUGCCGAUAUCGCAGGAGACAACAAUGAUCCACGAUCCCAAGCAUUACUUGCUGAGCUGCAUACACCACUCGAAACACCUCAUGGGGAGCAGAUCACAACUCGUCCUGUACGCCGAGGCCGCGGACGUAACAAGAAUCGCACUUUUAUGUGGCAACAACAACAACAAUCAGCUACUCCACCACCACAUCCUCGUUCACCUUCACUUAUGGGAAGUCCCACCAAUGGCAAUGCACCUGAUACAACAACCGUGGGUGAACCAAGUAGUCCUGGAUCAGUGAUCAGCGAUAGCAAUGGUCAACUUUCGAUGGAUGAAACGGGUCAAGUGCGUUAUUUGGGGAAGUCUUCAGGAUUCUAUUUGCUGCAAAACAGUCGAACGUAUCAAAACGGUGCAUUUCAUUUGGCAGGGUGGGGUCAUCGAUACAAGCAUCCAUCUUCUUCAACAACACCACUUGAUCCGCUUGAAUUACCACCAAAGGAUUUAUCAACGCACUUGAUCCAUCUCUAUUUUAAGCACUUUUAUCCGAUUCUUCCCAUUUUCUACAAACGUCGUCUUGCUUCAUCCAUGGAUCCACCUGCAGAUGCCAUUUCUCCAUUAUUACUCAAUGCUAUUUACGCCGUGGCAUCCCGUGUAUCACCAGACCUACGUGUACGAUCAGAUCCUGGAUCAGCUGAUACGGCAGGAGACAUUUACUUUGAGCGAGCCAAAUGUCUAUUGGAUAAUUAUUAUGAUGUACCACGGAUAUCUACAGUGCAAGCAUUACUCCUUAUGGCACUCCAUCAGCAUGGUUCAAUGAGAGCACCAAGGGCAUGGCUCUAUAGUGGAUUGGCGUUUCGGAUGGCCCAAGAUCUUGGACUCAACCGCAACUGUGAUCAUUGGGAUAUCAAACCGGAUGAGCGUGAACGUCGUAAACGGGUGUUUUGGUGCUGUUUUAUUGUGGAUCGGCUACUCAGUGCCAACUUUGGACGUGCAUCAGUAUUCGAGGAACGUGAUUGUGAUGUGCCUUUUCCAUCCGUGGAUGACGAUGAGCCAUUGACAGACGAGUCGGCAUCAACAGUGGGGCGUGCUCCUGUGAGAUUAUUGGAUGCAUUUAUACAACUUAUCAAGAUAUGUGAUAUAUUGGGACAUGUACUCAAGAGCAUCUACUAUGCAAAGUCACGACAUCAUGCCCCAGGAACCCAUCAUGAUCAUGUACUAUCAGCUCUCAACCAACAACUCACCAAUUGGUACAACAAUAUGCCUUCAUCCUUGCAAUAUGAUUUGGUGGGAGCAGGUCACGGAGUUAUGUCCGAUCCACCAACGCCGAUUUCCCAAAUGCACUUGAUCUACUAUACAACGGUGAUUUUACUUCAUCGGCCUUUUAUUCCGGUUGAAGCAUCCUCCGGAUCAUACAACAUUUGUGCAUCAGCAGCCAACUCCAUCCUGGAUAUUGUGGAUAUUAUGCUCAAUGAGAAUCACUUGAAAUAUGUAUCCAACUUUACUGUGUAUUAUAUUUUUACUGCCGGCAUCAUCUUUUUGAAAUCAGCUGCUUCUUCCGAAGAUGGUCACAAGUCAUUGGAUGCCAAAGUCAAGAUCAACAAGAUCAUGAGAGCCCUCGAUGAAAUUGAACUUACUUGGACGACUGCUGCACGAAGUGGGAACAUUCUUGGUGAAUUGGCUGGUCUCAGAGAUAUCAACUUGGAAUAUGAAGAUGAUCACAAGAAGCGAGAUGAUACACCUCCUUUAUCGAUUGCAUAUUCAACAUCUUCACCUCAACAACAACAGCAACAAGCUCCCCCUGAAGCAGCAACAACAUCCACAGCACCAGGGCCAGGAUGGAAUACAUCACCUGCAGAUCGAUUACUUCCACGAUAUCCAUGGCUUGGAGGGUACAAUAGCACAUCAUCAUCCAAUUCAUCACCAACGACAAUGGUACCUACCGUAGAUCCAUUUGCUGCACCAGGAACCAUGUCACAGUCUGCAGCUCAACCUCAAUUUGAUCCAAUGGGUGCAGCCUUUUGGGGUGUACCUAUAUCACUCGAUAUGAAUGAAUGGAAUAGCUAUUUGGGAGCACAAGGCACCGUUAGUACACAGCAACCCGUAUCAUCGCAACCACUCAUCCCUUCGCACGAAUUCCAAUCGCCAAGGUUUAUGGUUCAACCUACUACUACUAGUACUACCAGCAGCAAUAACAUCCAUCAACAACCACCUCCUCCACCUCCACCAUUACAACAACAACAACAACAAGAUACGUUUGGUCCCACGAAUCAUGGUAUGCCCAAGCAGCAUCUGAUACACAAUGAUGAAGGUGUCAAUGAAUUGGCCAAUCUAUCAGCUCCUUCAGGCGGUGGUGGUGGUGGUGGUGGUGGAAGCAAUAACACUACUACCAAUGGCAACAAUAACAACACUUCAGAAAGUAAUGCAAUCUUGGGUUUCUUGGGUGGUCAACCGGAUACUACUUACUCGGCAUCGACUGCAACAAGCCUGGCAGGCACAGGCCCAGGGACGCGCACUUAUUGGUAG